AUGAACGCCGGUAAUUUCAUCGGGCGAGUUCGUCGAGCGCCAGGCCAACGCCGAAUAGCGCGCCUGCAUAUCCUUGCUGGCCCGGGGGCCGGGACGGUGCGGGAGAUCCCCAUCCCCGCGUCCUCCUCCCGAUUCGGCGAUUACGACAAUUACAUCCCCGGCGCCAGCUCAAUGUCGCGCUUGUUCGACCUUCAUGAUUUCGAACUGGGCGCCGCUUUGUUAGAUUAUGACGAGCUGCCCGCCGCCGCCGGUCAUGGCCGCAGGAGCAAGCGCGCUCGCGUCGCCGCCACCAGCGAGGACAUCAUGGGCCUGCCGGAGGUGACGGGUCGCUCUCGCUCGGGGGAGGAGUGCGCCGUCUGCCUGCAGGACUUCGGCGCCGACGAGAAGCUGAGGGCGAUGCCUUGCUCCCACGCCUUCCACCAGCACUGCAUCUCCGAGUGGCUCCGCCGUAAGGCCGUCUGCCCGCUCUGUCGCCACAGGCUGCACACUGAGGAUGAUGACGAGCAGAUUAGUUGA